GUUCCGUCUCUCUGUAUUCCUUCCCCAUGUCGGCACGUUCGAAUUAAACCAAAAAAAAAAGUGACUCCAUCCUUUCGAUGAGCGACGAUGGCGUUCAACUUCAACUGGUCGCCGCUUAUGGCGGACGCGAGUUUCUAUACUCGCGCCCAAGAUCUGCUGACUGCCGCUUUGAAUAAAUCUCCCAAACCGCCCAUCAUCGUGGACGAUAUCAUCGUGACUGAAUUGAAUCUCGGUUCCAUCCCGCCCGAACUGGAGAUCCUGGAAAUUGGGGAUCUGGCGGAGGAUCGCUUUCGGGGCAUUUUCAAGAUGUCAUACACUGGAGACGCCUUUCUCACCCUUAAGACGCGAGUACAAGCGAAUCCUCUCAACACCUAUCUUCUCACCCGACCGUCGUUCGCGACUCCCAUGCCCGUCGCCGCAGCAACUCCUCUCACCAUACCUUUGCAAAUUACCCUCUCCGAUUUCAAACUUUCCGGCUUCGUCAUAUUAGUAUUCUCCAAGCAAAAAGGAAUCACUGUUGUCUUCCGGAAUGAUCCACUCGAAUCCCUCAAAGUCUCCUCGACUUUCGAUUCCAUUCCCUUUGUGCGCGACUUCUUGCAAAGAGAGAUAGAGGCACAGCUUCGGAUUCUGUUUAUGGACGAAUUGCCUGCUAUCAUUCACCGUCUAUCCCUUCGAUUAUGGGUUCCAGAAUAUCGCGCUGGUGAAGAGCUUCAGAACGAAGCUGCGGACAAUGCAGGCGAAGGCCCAGGCCAAGAUCCCCUGGCAAGCCCGCCACAAGACCCUGUCGAUGCCUCUGGAAACGCUUUGGAUGAGUCGGAAAUCGCCUCUCUUUCCCUCGAUUCGACCGUUGAGACCCAUUCUCUAUUCUCCCAAAAGAACCUUCUCCGAUUAGCGGCACUUACGGAUUCCCAGCGGACGCUAUCACUUUUCACUCCAUCUAUUCAGGAAGUUGUAUACCGCGCGUGGACUUCGCCUUCCGACUCGGGCGAUCUUUCUGGAGGCGUGACGUCACCUCUUAGCUCAGUUCUCUCUAGGAGUCAUUCGCAGAUUGGGGGCCUGUCCUCUUCCUUCCAGGACACAGCCAGCAUGGUGUCCGCGCACAGUCGGUCUUCUGUGAACACGCACACUUUCAGCAGCUACGGAUUGAAUUUGGGUUCUGGUCGUCAUUCGAAAUCCAACGCGAGAAAGCGGAAGAAGCGUGUCGUUGAUUUGCGUCGUCCCAAGACUACAGAUGAUGCUGUCAGCGUAAGUGGUGAGAGUACCUAUACGGAGACCACGAGCGCCGCAUCGGUUUACUCAGCUCCUCUACCUGUGGUGAGCGAGCAGACCGAUGACCCAGUGACGCCCCCUCUUUCGCCAAGUAGUGACCUUCAUCUUCCGACAAUCCCCGAACGACAUCGUGCCAGUCUAUCUAGACCUGCUAUGCCACGGCGCAAUAUCGCAACUGAAAUGUUGCGGGACGUCGGUGAAUCAUCAUCCUCUGCGGCUCCCCGUCAUCCUGCAGUUGUUGACGUGGAUGCCACUCCUCGGACUUCUACACAUCUGCACAUGUCCUCCCACCGGGAGAGCGAGAAGCAGCAAGAAGCAGGUGUAACCCGCAACUUGCCUGCGACGGCCCUCCCGUUCACAGAUGCCAAACCAGCCUCCAGCGUGGUGGAUCAAGCGCUGGUCGAAAGACUCGCCGGAGAAAUUGCUCGUCGCAUGCGCGACGAGAAGCUGACCCCUGGUGGCAACUGCAGUGCGUUUUGGGAUCGUCUAAGUCAUGAAGAUGCUCCGCCGGCAUAUGGUCAAUGAUCAUAUUUUUAAACUCACUUUCACCUUUCUCUCUUCUUAUCGGGAUUGUUACUGUGCUCAGUGCAGUCCUCGAGGCUCCUGGUUCAGGAGUAAUUUACGACCGCUACGACAUUGAUAUUAAUCUGUCAGCUCUGCUUUUUAUUUUGAUUCUGAUUAUCUUGUGGGGUGAACUUUGGAGCGGGUGCUAGAACUUGUAUAUUGAUUGGGCUGUAUCCAUAAAAGAACCGGGCGUGGAUUUGUGUGAUUUGUGCUAUUUGUGCUUCUGUGAGCGACAUGCUUUCUUUCAGGGAUACCACCUCGCUCGCUGACUGACUCUCUUUGACAUUGUAAAUACGUCUAUCUCAUUUCCCUCUCUUUGCCCUGAUUCCCAUCAGUCUCAGUGUUGUUGCUGCAGGUGAACCAAGUCUUGAGAACUGGCUCCGC